AUGGAGACAACCCCACCACCCGCCGAGCCCAGAAGGCGCGGGAGACCGAAGGGAUCAACCACCAAGCCGAAACCCGACAAGGACAGAGAUUCCAGCGGCGGAGGAGCGCCGUCGAGAACGAGAGGUCUCGGCGGCGAGAAGAGGAACACCGCCGCCGACGAGAGUUACGCGAACUGGAAGCUGCUGGUGCCAGUGCUUUACGACUGGAUAGCUUCUCACAACCUGGUCUGGCCGUCUCUGUCUUGCCGUUGGGGCCCAGUUCUUGAAAAAGGAAACGACAGGAACAAGCAGCGUCUGUACCUUUCUGAGCAGACCGACCAUACACACCCGAACACUUUGAUUAUAGCAAAUUGCGAGGUUGUGAAACCACGAGUUGCUGCAGAGAGCCACAUAGCUAAUUUCAAUGAAGAUGCGCGCUCUCCAUUUGUCAAGAAGUACAAAACUAUCUUACAUCCGGGAGAGGUGAACAGAAUUAGAGAACUGCCUCAGAAUAAAAAUAUAGUGGCCACACACACCGACUGUCCUGAAGUUCUUAUAUGGGAUGUUGAGGACCAACCUAAUCGACAUGCUGUUCUUGGAGCUGAAGACUCUCGUCCUGAUCUGGUAUUAUCUGGACACCAAGAUAAUGCAGAAUACGCUCUUGCAAUGUGCCCAGCUGAACCCUAUGUGCUUUCAGGAGGGAAGGAUAAAUCUGUUGUUUUGUGGAGUAUUCAGGAUCAUGUGUCAACACUGGCUACGGAUGCAACCCUAACUGCAGAAUCUUCUGGUUCUAUCGUUAAAGCUGCUAAUAAUUCUACUGUUGGUCCACGUGGGAUUUUUCAAGGCCAUGAUGAUACUGUUGAGGAUGUGCAAUUUUGCCCAUCAAGUUCACAGCAGUUUUGUAGUGUUGGAGAUGAUUCUUGUUUGAUUCUGUGGGAUGCAAGGACAGGAAGCGAUCCCGUUGUCAAGGUUGAGAAGGCGCACUAUGCCGAUCUUCACUGCGUAGAUUGGAACCCUCAUGAUGAAAACUAUAUAUUAACUGGCUCAGCCGAUCAUACUGUGCACAUGUUUGAUCGCCGCAAUCUGACCUAUGACGGAGUUGGGUCACCUGUCCAUAAAUUUCAAGGUCAUAAAGCUGCUGUUCUUUGUGUCCAGUGGUCACCUGAUAAGAGUUCUGUGUUUGGGAGUUCAGCAGAAGAUGGUUUACUGAAUAUCUGGGACUAUGAAAAGGUUGGUCAGAAGGAAGAAACGGGUUCCAACAAUCCUACUGCUCCAGCAGGGUUGUUUUUCCAGCAUGCUGGACACAGGGAUAAGGUUGUGGACUUCCAAUGGAACGCAUAUGAUCCAUGGACUAUCGUAAGCGUAUCUGAUGAUGGGGAAUGCUUCGGUGGGGGUGGUACUUUGCAGAUGUGGCGUAUGACGGAUCUCUUAUACAGGCCCAAGGAUGAAGUUUUAGCCGAGCUUCAAAAGUUCAAAGACCACGUGAUGGAAUGCUCCAAGACUUCUUGA